GAAAGGGUUCGAAAGGGCAAGGACGCAAAGGAGGUUUGAAAGGGAAAGAUGCUUCAAAGGGGAUGAACCAGCAACAGCCUGGCCCUUAUUUGGCGCCUCCACCUCCUCCUGCUCUUCCAGAAUGGACAGUGGGUCAGGGAGAUACGGCUUGGCCUAUCCCACCAUCUCCAUCGAUCCCUGCAGUGGCGAAUCCUCCGACGGCUUUGGCACCCUCGCAAGCAGAGGCACAGCUCAAGCAGGUCUUAGCGGUGCUCAAACAGAAUGCAGACUCUCUCCCCCCUCAGAUUCAGGCGGUGGUGAAGGACACCAAUAUCAAGGAGAGCAAACAUCAGAUCAAGGAUAUGCACCAAGCUGUCACAGAAUUGGGCAAGGCACAGCGGCAAUUGGAAGAAGCUCUGUCAGACAGGUCCCAAUCCCUUGCAUCGUGGAGACAAUUUCUUCAUGCAAGUGUGCAACGUUGGAGCGAAUAUACCAAAAGAUUUCAAGAUCAGGAGCAAGCUCACCUUGCAACCAUUGCUCAAGCACGGGACACACUACGUGCAGCACAGGUGGCAUUCAGAGAGAAGCAGGAUCAAGGGGGCAUUAUCACAGUUCCCGACGAGGAGGAGGCCACGGUACAACCGGAUGUGGCUAUGAGAGACGAAAGUGCUCAUCGGAUCAACGAGGGCCUUCAACAACUCACCUCAUCGUUGCAGGAACUGGCCAAUCAAGCAGAUCGAGACCAUGCGGAAGAGCAGUCCAAGAAGCGGCCCAGAAAGAGCAACACUCCAGAGGAGCAAGUUGGCUCACAGCAUGUGACUUCAGAGUACAUCUGUGAGAAGCCUCCGCUUUGUCAUGGUGAUUUUCCUGGAUGGGAGUAUCAGCAUAGUAUUAUGGAAGAAUCGGAUUUUUGCUCCAUUUCAGAAGCAUUGUCCCGAGCACACAUUCUCACCUUUGAGCUUGGUAUUCCACUUUUCCGAGUGAACAGUUCCAAUCCUUCUUUUGUGCGCUCCUUCGCGAAGAGACAUGUGGCUUGUCCGUCGUUUGAUGAGAGCGUUACUGUUUUGCUUGGACUUGAUGAAGACCUUGCCAUGGGUGCUGUGACUAUUUCCCAUGAUGAGCUCUCGACUUGGCAGGAGAAGCCUUGGGCACGUAGAUCACACGAUUUUGACCAAGAAUUGUGCCACCUGGAACCGCUGUCCGAAGAGGCCGUGUCGAUCCGGUGUGCACCCUGGUAUUCCAAGUAUCGUCUUCUGGACAACUGGUUGGAACCUACGCCAGUUGAUAUGCACAGGGAUGUACCUGGAGAGUGGUUGGAUCGAAAAGCUGGACUUGUCACUUUACACUAUCAUGGGCGGCAGACUGCGCCCUUUGUGUAUGCCACGGCAGCAUCCUUUCCAGGCAGGAUCAGUGGCAUGGAAGUCUCGGAUAUUGCUCAUGCAACCAAUUGGUGUCUUCAAGGGCAUCGAUGUCGAAUCACUCAUGGUUGGCAAGAACUCCCUUUCAAUCGCAAUCCUGUGCACGUGAUGCAUUAUGGACACUCAUUUCAGCUUGUGAUCAAUGCAGCGGAUAUUGGGGACAGCAGUGGCACGCAGGCACCUGAUGCACCGGCUCUUGGUUCAGAAGAACAAGCUGAUUGUGCUGAUCCGUCUCAGGAGGUUGACAACGCUGCCAACAUCAUUGUCAAAGUUGCACCUCCACAUGCUUCUGCGACUGAUGAAGAUGAAGUUGCAUUUAUGCAGAGGGGCACAGGACAGCAUACUCAAGGGCGUCGCCACUCUGGCGGCCAAAGAGGAGGGCGAAGUCACCAUGGAGGUUUUUGUCUGAAUGCUGAUGCUGCACCGUUCAGUCCAGAUAGACCUUCCAUUGAUACCCAGCCAGAAUUUGUACAAGCUCUUUUUGGACUUUGGGAUCAUGCUGCUUUUGCGUGGGAGAAUGAAGAUCGGUCUGGCUUGGUCCAUACCUUCUUUGUUGAUCAUACUGAUGUCAUUCCGAUUUGCUCACCUGGGCGGCUUGUACGUCUCUUUUCGGAUUUUGCAAACUGGCAGCAGCGACUCAAACAGGCCUGGAGUGAGAAAGUCAGAGAAGGGCAAACUCUGGACAUUUUGAUUGUAUCACCAACGCCCCGGCCGAUGGAGCAUGAAGUUUUGGCUAGUGUUCUUCUUGUGCAGUCUCCCGGUGUUGACAUUGUCUCUGUAGUGGUCUCAGUUUUUGAAGGAGAGGUUCGGCCUUUUCCGCUGAGAGCACGCAUUGCUGUCACGAUCUGGGAAAACAUCUACUUGGAGCACAUUUUGACAUCCAUUGGCUAUUUUGAUGCAGUCUUGGGCAUGAGGCCCACACAUCAGUGCUGGGCGUGGCAUGGUGACACACCUUUGCGUUGGGGCCAGCCGUUGCCAGGACGAAAUGGCUACGGAAUUGUUGUUCAGCUCCGGCGCUUGCCACCGCUUCCUCCUCCUGUAGCUGCCGGUGAUGAAGUUGUGACGCUACAACUGGCACAAUUGAUUCCUUCUCAUCUACAUGAUGGUUCUUCAGAUACGAUCUCGGUGGAUGAGCAAUUGCAUACCAGUGCUGUGCGACUUCUGCGAGGGCAUGAUGAAAUUACUCUGAUACCUGACUUUGUUGAGGAGCUUUGCCAUAUGCGCUUUCUUCACCAGCUGGGUUAUGAAAAAGCGGUCAUCUUGAAGGAAAAAGAAUGUCUGCCUGGACUUACCGUAGUUGAUUUUCAAGAAUCAGUUGGCAUCCUUCACAAGAAGCAGCUUCGGUCAAGACCCUUGAAAGCCUGGCCUCCAGCACGGCAGCCUGUGACCUCAUUCACUGAGAUCUUUGAGUUUACUCAGCAACAGCCUAUGAAUCCGGCCUGCUUUCUGCGUCUUGGAGUGGAGCUUCAUGACCUAGUUGAGCUUUUCCAAUCCUCAGGGACACUUUGCACCUCUUUUGAAGGUAUUGAAAUUCCGGAAGUUGCGCAGCCCUUUAUGGCCACUCUGCAACCUGCCCAGAAGUACGAUCGCAUCAUCGUCUAUGUUGAUGGUUCUUCUCAGUCUUUGCAGAAACAUUGUGCUCCUCUUUGGGUUGACCUUCAUGGCAUUCCAGACUCAUGGGCAUUUGUCGCCAUUGGAGAGACUUAUGAUGUGCCACCGGACCAAGCUUUCUGUCUCCUUGGUUGGCAGGCUCAACAAGUGAGAUAUGAAGAGACCAACCCUGGAUUUGCAGGGGCCACCCGAAUAGGCUCCCUCAUUGCAGAAAGAGAAGGACUUUUCUUUGCUGCCCUAUGGCGCCUUUGCCGCAAUGAAAAUACGGCCACCCUCUUCCGAAGUGACUCGCAUUUAUGCUGCGGGCAAGCGCAAGGAAUUAUUGGUUGUGCGGAUCUGGACUUGUCUUUCAUGCUCUUCCGUGGCGUUUUUCAAGCACUUGAAGAAGCACUUCCUGAUGGGCAUUUGCUAGUUGAACACGUGCAUGGUCACAAUGGAGAUCCUUUGAAUGAAGUCACAGACGCACUGGCAAAGCUUGAAGGUACCAAAAGUUUCUUUCUUCCACGACAGCCUGUUGAUCUCUGCAAAUGGAAAAGCGUGAUUCCACACCUAUGGCUCCUAUUUGCUGAACACCAUGGUGGUCCCAAGUUUUGUGGCAAUGGUUUUGACGUUGCGCGCCCAAGUUUGCCUCCUCUGCAGUCGACUGAUGAUGCUGGUGGCAACGGUCUAGGGACCCACACUUGGCAAAGGGCAGCCUGGAAGCUUAGCUUGGCCUCUGCCAAUGUGACCACGUUAGGCUCUGGUGAGGGAGGAUACCAAGGCAAAAUUGACUUCCUGCGAGCGCAAUUUGUUGCCUUCAAUUUGCACAUGCUGGGUAUCCAGGAAGCUAGAUCACAGGAAGGCACCACCACUGUUGGAAAUGUACUUCGAUUGUGCUCUGGCAGUGCGGGUGGUCACCUUGGUGUCGAAUUAUGGUGCAAUUUGAAUCAACCGGUUUGCUUCGUGAAAGGUGUUCCCCUCUUUUUCAAAGCUGGAGAUUUUCAGGUGCUGCAUCGAGAUCCCAGACGUGAAGCCGACGGUGUCACGGUUUUUGAGCAGGGCUUCCGCACUAGUAGUGGAACACCACUCUUGAGGCAAUUCCUUGAUGAGCAUUCUCUUUGUUUACCAUCUACGGCAUCCUUUCAUGCUGGCCCGAAGCACACAUGGAUUUGCCCAGAUGGGUCCCAGGAGUUUUGCAUUGAUUUUGUUGCGAUUCCCAGAGCAUUCUUCUCAUCCUGUACGUGGUCACAGACGAUUGAAGAUUUUGAUCUUGGACAGCAGCAGAUUGAUCAUCUUGCGGUUGGGGUAGAACUACAAUGGGACCAUUGGACCUCCAAGGUAUCGCGACUCAACAAUGGAGUUGGCUCUGACAGGCAACGAAUCAGCAGUUCUCUGGAGUCCAAUAGUUUGAUGAAUCACCAGGUAGCGCCUUGGAGCACUGACGUAGAGAGCCACCUGCAUGAUUUGAAUGCGCAUUUUCUUUCUCAACUUCAACGCUGCCGAGCACAGAAGAAGCGGCCCAAAAAGCCCUUCAUUUCUGAUGACAUCUGGGCACUACGUAGCCGCAAACUGUGUCAUCGCCGACAGCUGAGAUUUGUGCAGAAGAUGAUUGGACGAGAGACUAUCUCUUUGUGUUUCAAAGCAUGGAAGAAUGAGCACUUUCAAACAUGUGAUGGUCCUCUCACGGCAGAGUUCUCCUUUGGUGUCUCACUUCGAUGUGGUGGAAUCAAACAUGCAGCGGGACUCAUUUCUACGGCAAGACAGCUUCGCAAAGAACUGCGUCUUGCCAAGAGGGUUGCCCUGACCAAGGUUUUUGACUCCUUUCCGGACAAUGUUUCAGCCUCGACCAUCCUUCAUGAGCUGAAACCAUUCAUUGGUAGUUCCAAUGCCAAGAAGAGAGGAAUCCAGCCAUUGCCCUUUGUCCGCGAUGAAACUGGGCUACCUUGUGCUGAUCCAAGUGAGGCGAGAGAGCGCUGGAUUCGCUUUUUCAUGCAGAUGGAAGCCGGCAAGAGGAUGGAUGGACCUUUGCUCUUUGAUGUCCUUCAUGGUGUGGAGACGGGCAACAUUGGUUUUGUAGGUCCUUGCUGGUGCGAUGAUCUUUGUGUCUGCGUCAGUGCAGAUCGAGCUGAUGAUCUGACCGUACGCACUGGUGCUGCUGCUGGUCUUUUGCUCGACCUUUGUGCGCAGCAUGGAAUGACUCCCAAUUUACACAAAGGGAAGACCGAAAUUAUCUUUUCUGCUAGAGGGCCAGGCAGCAGGACCUUCAAAAAGCAGAUCUUCGGUCCGCAUUCCAAUGGGCUCCUUCCAGUUUUGGGAGAACAUCAAGCACACCAAGUUUCUGUUGUGGGGCACUAUGUUCACUUGGGAGGCGUUUUGCACCACAGUGGGGAUUUACGUGUUGAAGUGCGCAGAAAGAUUGCGGUGGCACAUCAAACCUUCACCAAGUUCCGCAAGCUUCUCCUUCAGAAUCCAAACCUUUCUUUGGCCAAGCGGGUUGAAAUCUUUCGCAGUUUGGUUUUAAGUAAGUUUCUGUACGGUGUGGAGUCCUGGGUACUUCAUGGUCAACGCGUCAAGAGCUAUGUGCACGCUUCGCUUAUUCGACUAUACAAAAGACUCUUGCGUAUUCGACCUGGAGACCACAUCAGUGACGAGGAAGUUCUGGUGAAAACGGGCCUCCCUUCACCCACAGAACUAUUGCGCAUUGCGCGUUUACGGUAUCUGAGUUCUUUGGUUGCUGCUGGAUCAGCUACUUGCUGGGGUCUUUUCAAUCUGGACACAGAUUGGGUUGCAUUGCUGCAAGAUGACCUACAAUGGGUGUUUCGGCAGUUGCAAAAUGCUUCACAUCUUCAAGACCCCUGUUCUCACCUUGCGCAAUGGUUAGAUCUCAUUCGUUGGCAUCGCCAAUAUUGGAAACGGAUCAUCCGCAGAGCAUCUCAACAUGCCAUCCUUCAAAGAGGACUACAUCAUCGAGUUCUUGGAUUUCAUCUUCAUGCUUUGGAGGUUUUGGAACGUGGAGGAGUGGCUGUUCCACAGCCCUUUGACCAAGAUGACCUCGGUGAGACAGCCUUUGGGUGCAUGAAAUGUGGCAAGGUUUGCAAAAACAGGGCAGGAGAGGGCUCGCAUAUGCACAAAGUCCAUGGAUAUGUUCACCCUGUACGACAUCUUUUUCAGGGUACACAAUGUGCCAUUUGCCUGCGAGAAUAUUUCACCUUUGCCAAGUUGCAACAACAUCUGCGAUGUGUAGAAGCUUGUAGGACGCAAUGGUUGGGCCGUUCCUGUGGUUCUGCUCCAGUCCCAGGCAUUGGUUCUUGUGCCAACCGAGAUCUUGAGCAGGCACAUGACCGUUUGUUGCCACCUCUGCAAGCUCUUGGUCCUUCACUUCCUCCGAGUCGUGACCGUGACUUUGAUCCUACGAACUGGCAGCUUUUUGCUGAUCUCUCCUUGCUCCUCUAUGACACCCCAGGUGCACGUUCCCUUGAAGCGGAGCUCAGGGACCACAUUCAGUCGAGAGCCAUCUCCUGGAGCACCUGCCAUUGUACUCUCACUGCGUUGCUUGAGCAUCUUGAGGACGCUUUUGAUGAGUUUGGGGUUCGGAGUAAGCAUGAAGUUGUUGAGGUUGUUAAGAAGCUAACCAGGGUUUCUUCUUGGGAUUUCCUUAAUGUAGCACAGCGGCAUGUGAACACACGCUUUGAAUCCCUUGAUGCCCUGACGUCCUCUUUGGAUGCUUUGGAGUGUGCUACCUUCGAGAAGAUUCCUC